CCCUGGAGGACAGAUAAUACUGUUUUGCCAUUUACUGAAGAGGUGAAAAUUAAAUGCCAAGAAUUAGUAACUAAAGACGGCUCAAAAGAUGUUAGUUGAUUGUAACACACUGAUAGCUACGCUGAUUGUGUUUGCCGUAGACUUGAGUAGUAGGAGAGGAGGUGCGCAGGCAUGGACGUACAACUACAGCACUGGUCCAAACCAGAACUGGUACGAGGCUCGCAAGUGGUGCCAGAAGUACUUCACGGAUAUGGUUGCCAGUCGGAACCAAGAGGAGACUAAUUUCCUCAAUGAUCUGCUGCCAUUUAAUCCAAAAUAUUACUGGAUAGGGAUUCACAGAGUGGCUGGAUUGUGGACCUCAGUAAACACCAGUCAGAGUGUACCUGAAGAGGCUCAAAACUGGGCAUCAGCAGAGCCAGAUACCAUAAGCCGUCAGGACUGUGUGGAGAUAUACAUUAAAAGGGGGACAGACACAGCCAAGUGGAACAAUGAGAACUGUAAUAAGUUGAAAGGAGCUCUCUGCUACACCGCCUCUUGCAAACAGGAGUCUUGCAGUGCUCAUGCAGACUGUGUGGAAAGCAUUGGAAGCCACAUCUGCAAGUGCCAUCCUGGUUUCCGAGGCCUACGCUGUGAAGAGGCGAUCACAUGCAAACCUUUUCCGCAUCCAGAUCAAGGCUCUCACCGCUGUUCUAAUCCCUAUGGGUCUAAUCAUUUUAACUCUUCCUGCCAUUUUCUCUGUGAAGUUGGAUUUCGGUUAAUAGGCGCGCCUCAACUGAUUUGCCAAGCCAAUGGGCUCUGGAACCACCCUGUUCCUCUGUGUCAAGUUGCACAGUGUCCAAAUUUGAAAUACACCAACUUCAGUGCGAGUAGCAUGAACUGCAGCCACCCCAUCGCACCCUUCAGCUACAACUCAACCUGUGAAUUCAGUUGUGAUGAAGGCUAUGAACUGAUUGGGCAGAACCAGAUCAUCUGUGAGCACACUGGCCAAUGGACAGCCACUGUUCCAGUAUGUACAGUGAGAAAAUGCUCCCCAGUUUUCUCUCCUGCUAUGGGCCACAUGACCUGUGUUGACCCCGUGGAGCCUUUCUCUUAUGGCUCAUGGUGCAACUUCACCUGCAAGGAGGGUUACUAUUUAACUGGGGACAAGGUACUCCUCUGUCUGACCUUGGGACAAUGGAGCAAACCUACACCUACAUGCACAGUGGUGCAGUGCAACAGUCUUCAGGCUCCACCUCAUGCCUAUCUGCAAUGCCAAGACCCUAUAAACAAGCACAGCUACACCUCAAUAUGCACUGUUCAGUGUGAAGAAGGAUUUGAUCUAAUUGGUACAAAUGUGACAAAAUGUUCUUCACAGGGUAACUGGAGUCAUGCACUUCCUGUUUGCCUGGCUAAGAGAUGUACUCCAAUUAGUUCUCCUUCUCAUGGCUCCAUAUCAUGUUCUGACCCAAAUGGUUCCUUCAGUUUUGGUUCUCGGUGCACAAAAACAUGUGAUGAGGGGUUUGUGCUGAAUGGGACAUCCAGCACUGAGUGCACCUCCAUGGGCAAGUGGAGUACAGAUAUUCCACCGUGCUUGGUUAAGAAAUGCCCCACACUGAACUCUCCUGCUCACGGAUCCAUAAAUUGCUCUCAUCCUCAUGGAGAGUUCAGUUUUGGUUCUCGUUGCAUGACAACGUGUGAUGAGGGUUUUGUCUUAAAUGGGACUGCUGUCACUGAGUGCACAGCUAUGAGCAACUGGAGCACAGACAUCCCACAUUGCUUGGCUAAGAAAUGCCCCACACUGAACUCUCCUGCUCACGGAUCCAUAUUUUGCUCUCAUCCUCAUGGAGAGUUCAGUUUUGGUUCUCGUUGCACGACAACGUGUGAUGAGGGUUUUGUGCUGAAUGGGACAUCCAGCACUGAGUGCACCUCCAUGGGCAAGUGGAGUACAGAUAUUCCACCGUGCUUGGUUAAGAAAUGCCCCACACUGAACUCUCCUGCUCACGGAUCCAUAAAUUGCUCUCAUCCUCAUGGAGAGUUCAGUUUUGGUUCUCGUUGCACAACAACGUGUGAUGAGGGUUUUGUGCUGAAUGGGACUGCUGACACCGAGUGCACAGCUAUGAGCAACUGGAGCACAGACAUACCUCAAUGUCUGGCUAGACGGUGUCCCACUCUGAGCUCACCCUCUCAUGGGUCCUUAGUCUGCUCUAAUCCCCACAGAGAGUACAGUUUUGCUUCUGUGUGCACAUCAACAUGUGCAGAAGGUUUUGUGCUAAAUGGUACAGCUAUCACAGAGUGCACACCUCAAGGCAGGUGGAACAGAGACAUUCCCCAUUGCUUAGCUGAAAGGUGUCCUAUUCUCACUCCUCCUUCUCAUGGGACUUUAGACUGCUCUCAUUCUCAUGGUGAGUUCAGUUUUGGCUCCAGGUGCACAUCAACCUGUGAGGACGGCUUUCUACUCACUGGCAUGGCUGACACUGAAUGCACCUCUGCGGGCACAUGGAGCACAGAAAUACCAGCCUGUCAGGCACGCCAAUGCCCCCUGCUGGCCAAAUCACCACAGCACGGAAGGAUGAACUGUAGCCAUCUGAACUCUCCUUUCAGUUAUGGCUCACAAUGUGACUUUAAAUGUAAUAAAGGUUUCUGGCUGAAAGGAACAUCAGCUAUGAUGUGCAACACCUCAGGUUACUGGAAUCAGGAUCCACCCAUCUGUCAACCUGUACAGUGCAAGGCCAUCCGUGCCUUCUCCUCAGACCUGUCUAUGAAUUGCUCUCAUCCUCUGGGGAAUUUCAGCUUUAGCUCUGAAUGCGUUUUCAGCUGUAAAGAUGGAUUCACCCUCAAUGGCACAGCAGUGAUACUUUGCUCUGCCACUGGGAUCUGGAGUGACAGCCUGCCCAGCUGCACAGGUAUGUCGAUAGGGACUGCCAUGUUGCUGUACACUGGCGCAGGGACGGGAAUUGCUGUUGGGAUACUUCUCCUGAUAGGACUGACUAUGCUGAUCAUGAAACAAUUAAAGAAAACAGGAAAUAUGAUCACUUCUGAUGUCCCGACAUGGGGUGAAAGAGAGAAUCCAGCAUUUGAGUUUUGACCUGUUGUUCCUUUUUUGAGAUGUGAUUUUACUUUUUGCUUGCUAUUAUUAUUAUUCUAAGAAGUUUGGUAGUUACUGCAUCUACUUGCUCCCGCAUAAGCAAUAGCAAUUCAUAAUACAGACUUCAUCCAUGAUACAUUAAGUAUGUCUACAGCUGUUGCAUUAGGUCCUCCCUGUAAAUUUCCAAAAGUAAAUAAAAUUCAAAAACAUCUCAGAAAA